AGAGAAUUAGGGUUUUCGUCGUAGCGGUAGCCAUGUCGAACGUCACAGUUUGUGCGCGAUUCAGGCCCCUGAGCUCCAAAGAGAGAAGAGAUCAUGGCGAUGGCACCUGCAUCCGAAGCUUAGAUAGCGAAACUUUCACAUUCAAGUGUAUAAUGUGGAUCAAGAAGAGCAUUCGAGGAUGAGAAGCAAGAAGAGUUCACGUUUAGCUUCGACAGAGUGUUCUACGAGGGAUCCGAACAAGUUGAUGUGUAUGAAUUCCUGGCGCUGCCAAUUGUUCGAGCCAGAUGCUUUCAAUGCAGUAAAUGGGACAAUCAUUACGUAUGGACAGACAGGAGCUGGGAAAACCUAUACCAUGGAGGGUCCAAGUAUAAUAGAUUUUAAUGAGCAGAAGAAAGGAUUCCUGCCAAGAAUAGUGGAUGAACUAUUCAAAUGCACCAAAAUUUCUGAGGGCAUAGCCAAACACACGAUCAAAUUGUCAAUGGUAGAAAUAUACAUGGAGAGAGUAAGGGACCUUUUUGAUUUGUCAAAGGACAACGUACUGAUCAAGGAGCAUAAAGUCCAAGGGAUCUUGCUGUCUGGUAUAACAGAGAUCUCUUUAUUAGACUCUGCAGAGGCAUCCCAAAGUUUAUCGAGAGGGAUUGCUAACAGAGCAGUUGGAGAAACCCAAAUGAACAUGGCCAGCAGUAGAAGUCAUUGUGUUUACAUAUUCACAGUGCAGCAGGAGUUAGCAACAGAUAAGAGGGUAAAAAUUGGAAAAGUGGUUCUUGUGGACUUGGCGGGAUCUGAGAAAUUAGAGAAAACUGGGGCUGAAGGAAGAGUUUUUGAAGAAGCCAAAGCCAUCAACAAGUCACUUUCAGCUCUUGGAAAUGUGAUCAAUGCAUUAACCUGUGGUUCACCAAGCAAAGCAAAUCAUAUUCCAUAUCGUGAUUCUAAGCUCACUCGGAUUUUACAAGAUGCUCUUGGAGGCAACUCACGAACUGCAUUAUUGUGUUGUUGUUCACCAAGCCCUUCAAAUGCGUCAGAAACCUUGUCCACCCUUCGCUUUGGUGCAAGGGCAAAGCACAUAAAGGCAUUGCCACGUGUUAACUGCAAGGAAGAAAAAUGCACCAAGAAAUAUGAAGCUCCAACUCUGGCUAAAGUUGAGUCUUCUGAGAGAAUUCUAGACAAGUUGGCAGAGAACUUAGAUGCUGAAGAUGUGGAGUUGCUUGAACAGUUGUUUGUAUCGGAAGGUAUUAUCAUUGAUCUUAGUUCAGCUGAAGACUGGCAGCCAGCUUAUGAGGAUGUUACAUUGCGGACAAUCUCCUCAUUGCAACAAGCUGUAGAAGAGCUUCUUGCAACUGUUGAAGAGCUUAAGAAAGAUAACAAAACUCUCAAGGACAGAUUGGAAGCUGCUGAAAGAUCUGAUGAAAUUAACAAAGAGUUGAGGGAGAGGAUGAGCUUUCUGCACAUGAUAUUAGACAUCCCUUACUCCGUCCCCUGGGUUGGAUCAUUCUUUCACAGUAACAAGGCAAAAUAAAAGCUGCAUUAUCAGGCUCAGGAGUCCAAGAUAAGAAUUUCCUCUAAAUUCCAUUCUUUUUACUGCAAUUGUAUGGAAAUUGUUCCUCUGCUAGAUCUGCUUCCAUAGAUCAAAGAGUAAAAAACAGGUAGUGAAAACCGACUAAAUGAGCUAGAUGUUCUGUAAAGUGUAACACUUUUUUUUGUUGGAUUUGAAAACUGUUUCUGAUAUUUAGGUGCUAAUGGUUUCAGAUUGUUUUUCAU